AAAAUCACAAAAACACAGAAUUGAAGAAUGAGAAUGAAAGAACUGGAACAUCACAAACUGUUGAUUUGAUUUGUAUUUUCUGCUGUCACUGUCGCUCGCGUUUGUGUUUGCCGACCUGUCAGUUCAAGACUUAAUCUGAAGUACAACACCUGAGCCACCGCCAAACCUCCCCCUCCAAGAACUUCCAUCUCUAGCUAGCUAGAACAUCUAUUCCAAGCGCAUCCAUCCAUCUUCGCGUACCUGCCUGACAUGAUUCGGUCUACUAGUAGUGCUAGUAGCAGUACCACCACCUUGAAACAUAAUCUCUUACGACGACGAGCGUCCUCCAUGAUGUGCGAUAACAACGACGAGCAAAACAAUCUCCUCACGAGGCAACAUGACUGUCCACGUUGGCCACGACUAUUUGCGGCGCCCAUCUGCUGCACCAUUUUGGGUUUCCUGGUAUCCCCCAAGUUUUUGGUUCUGGGUUGUGUCUAUGGAUUGACCACGCUGCGGCCACUCUAUUGUUGUUAUCAUCAACAUGCUGCCGCUACCAAGAUCACCCUUUCUCAACAACGACAAAAACCAGGACAAGCCAAUGCCCAAGUGGAAGCCGCAUUGGCGCUCCACCGUUCCUUAACCUUCCAGUUUGCCAUGUUGGCAUUUUGCCUGUGGCUCUACGAACACUCUCGCCUCCUCUGUACUGCCAGCAAUGACAGCAACGACGUUGUCCACAAGGCAUUUGACAUGGCACGGCACAUUGUCCGAUGGGAAAGUGCUGUGGGGCUGGCCGUGGAACCACAGAUUCAAGACUUUUUCCUCCAGCACUUUGGUUGGGUGAUGGUGCUGGCGAAUACCUACUAUGCUGUCAUGCAUUUUGUCGUGCCUUUGGGUGUCAUGGCACGCCUGAUUAUCUACAACAAGGACGCUCAGUAUCGAUACCGAGUGGGAUUCUUCCUCAUGCUCUCACUGGCGCUGGUACUCUUUAUUGUCCUCCCCACCAUGCCUCCACGCUUACUGCCCUCAUAUCAUGCCGAGUACAUUGAAACGGGUCAAAUCAUCUUGUCCGAACAUGAUGCCACCAUACUGGAACCCUACUGGUCCAUUAUUGACACCAUGAAAGCCAGUGAGACCAUCUACAACAAACUACACAAGGAAGGUGGGAAUCCCUUUGCCGCCUUGCCCUCCAUGCACACGGGUUGGGCACUCUGGAGUUGUCUGACGGUCCUGUCCACGUUGGAUGCGGACAAUGACGACAAUGCCAAAACCAACCUGCUGCAACGAAUCAUGGCUGUCGGACAUGUUUGUUGCAUUGUAUUUGUCAUUAUCACCACGGGCAAUCACUUUUGGUUGGAUGCCGUGGCGGGAGCCGCUUGUGUCUUGAUUGGACGUGUCAUGGCACAUUGCCUCAUUCAAUGGAUACUGGAUGUUUGCUUCAGUUGGCCGGCUCUGUCCAAUCUCUUGCAACGGUUGGGACCCGUCAAGGCGCAGCAGCAGCCACCAGGAGAUGAUUGGGAUGAUGAAUUGACACAGGAGUUGUCCCCGCGACGAAAUGGCUCCAUGGCCGUCGCUGAUAUUGUGUAGCAUGGCCCUCGUGCGAUGAAAGAAGAACUAUCUGCUCUUUGACGUUGUGUGGGAGCGGAAAGAGCUGUGUGUCUACUGGAUGUUCCGGUACCUCCAAAAGAAGAUCCUUCACAGUAUAAAACUUCCAAUAAUAGAGGAAUAUAUGCAUUUUUGAAAACAAAUGAAUAGUCAGCUUCCAGGCCUACAACAAGUGAGUGAUGGUUUGGAUCA